CGUACGUACCUUAGGUUAUUCGUCGAGAGAACCCACCGCCACCAAGUCAGCUCCGGCCGCCGUGUCUCUGCUUGCAGAUCGCCACUAGCUGAUGGCGUCUGGAUCCACUUCUGCCGCCGGCGCUGCCUCCCUUGGGAGGGGCCUGAUCUCGUGCAUGCACAGCCGCAGCUGCCGCGCCGAGGACGCGCUCGACGAGGCGGAUUUGCCAAAAGCCAUCGACAAGCUCAUCACCGGCUUCUACGAGGAGGCGUUCAGCCGGCUGCCCUGCGACGUCAUGCCGGACCUCCUUCCCCUCCUCACCACCGAUGGCGGCGGCUCCUGCCUCGGCCUCCUCGACCCCGUCUCCAACAUCAUCCUCAAUACCCUCGCCCUCCUCUCCAAGGACGCCGCCCCCGCCCCCGCCACCUCUCCGUCUCCGCCACCCACAAGAAGAUCCAAGAGACAGGCUCUCAACACCGCCAGACGAUCCAUCCCCGGUAGGGGCGGCUUGCGCCACGUCGGAUCAGGAUCCUACCACAUCCUUCUCGCCUUCCUCAUGGCGUAUUUGGGAUGCCUCAAAAAGGAGCAGGCCCUCAGCUACCUCUACAGGGCCGACGCCAAUCUCCUCCUCGCCGUCAUGCUCAUCCAACACGAUCUAUACGCGGACGAAGCAUUGGACCCCGAGUCUGAUAGGACCCAAGCCGCCCUUGAGUCGGCAGCCACCAUAGCAGGUCACCCUUCGCCCACCACCUUGGCUCGCCUCAUGUCAAUCCGGCUCCAAGACGACAACUUUGCCCUUCUGAAGAAGCUGUUUUCAGCUGAUGCUCAAGGUAUUCCGCUCACGGUUGAGGAUGUCUGGGCGACCAACCGCAUCCUACACACAAUGUUGAGCCCGAUCUGUACUGCCAGCAUUAUCCAUACCAAAAGAGGGCUUGUUGUCCAUGUCCGUCACAUGUUGGAGGCUAGGUGCUCCGAAACUAUCUCGUUCUCUACUACGGCGGACGCCAGGACCGCCACCACCACCUUGGGCUGGGAUGGAACUCCCAUCUUGUCGUUGCAGUCCGGAGUCCUGCCUCGCAAGCUGCAAGAUUGCCUGGGAAAAGCAAUAGCAGAUGCCCGGAAACACAAUCUCAAGACCCCAUGUGGCGGCGGCAAUGCAUGCGAUUACAUGGAGUCUCUCAAGAUGUAUCUCCAUGGUAUAAUUCACAACUUGUACAUCAAGGCGCUCAAGUUGCUGCCCACACCCUCUGGCUCGCUCAUGCGUAGCAUCCUCAAGUCUGGCCACUGCUAUGGCUGCAUGGACCCUGUCUCCAACAUCAUCGUCAACUCUAUCUGGUACAACAGUUGUGGCUGCAAUCUGCCAGUUUCUGAAGGCAGGGACAUGGUAGAGUACAAUGAUGUCAUGGACCCCCUAUGUCUGCUCCGCGCACAGGUUCACUCCCUCAAGGGCCUUAUGGAGCUCGCCGCAUUCGCCGACCCCCAAUUCUCGGUGCCGGCUUGUGCUCUGGAGCUCCUCUACAGUACAAAAUGCGACAUUGCUAACAUGUUGCCAUCAUCGAUAGAGAGUUCUGAAAAGAACCCCUUCCAUGAGUCUGCCAAGGCAGCUGCUGCUGCUGAUGCCCGAUACGCGAAGCGAGCUGCUCUCAUUUAUAACCGAGGCUCAAACUAGUGGUACCGUGUUGCGUGUCGACGACAUGACACAAAGUAUUUCGCUCAUAUGGAACAGAAACAGAUCCGGGGCUCAAACUGUGUCAAGCGAGAGAUCGGAUUAUGAGGAUGAGAGGAGCUGCUUCCGUUCAAAGAUUGACCAGUUGCUCAAGGAAUACACGACCCAACAGUUUUUGGGAUCAAAGUAUAAACUCGAUACUAUCUUGGGUGUGGAGGAAAGAAACAAAGGCUACCGCCCCUGCGGUUAUAUUCGCUACCAUGUGAACUUCACGGCCACAUGUGAUUUGAGGCUUCAGAGGACGCUUUUCUACGCUGAAUUCUCGUUCUCCUCACGUGAGCAGGAGCCAGAAUUCCGCUGCCCUCUACCCUAUGCGAAUGCGGGCCGUUGCUAUUAUGGUGUGAUUAGUGCGAGGAAAAUCGUGUAUCCAGAUGACGCCAAGUACAUCCCGGAUGAUAUCACCGUCCGUGGAACCCGCAGCGCGGAUGGCAUGCUAGGGAUGGACCUGGUCUACUUCAGUCCCAAGUUGGACGUGGAGAUUGCUGAGAAUUUGAACGUGUUGCACAGUGAAGAAGAAGAAGAAAAGAGGAAGAAGAUGAGGAAGACGGGGAGGGGGAUGUGUCGUCUUAAUUAAUGCACAUUUUGCGAUCAGAAACUGGAUGACAGAUUUGUGUGUAAGUAAAUCAAGCUAUAGGUCGCUCGUUGCUAUGGCUGUGAAACCGGUGUGAUGGAGCCUGCCAGUAGUAGGCUCUUAAUUUGGUCUGCUGGAUCAUACACGGUAAGUAGUAGCUAGGCUCUAGUUUCAGUCAAGUAGUCCCCCUCCUCCUAGCUAGGUCCGAGCAGCAGCACUGCAGCAGCUUCAAAUUCCAUCAGUAGUAUAUGUGGUUUGCAUUUCCUUUUGUGAUAUGGUUCAACCUGUACAUGGCGAUGCAUGAAAUUUGCAUACUAGUUUUGAGGAGGUUUCUUCCUGUAAUCUUUGGAGGUCACAGUGGUUAAUA